GGCUCUGAAGGCGCAAGGUCACGACGCCGUUGCGGCGAGUGGCCUUGCGGCCGGUGGUUUCAGUGCCGGUGGCAGCGGAGGGCACUCGCUCGAGGUUUUCCGCGCAACGAGCGAGCGGCGUACGAGAGCGCCACCUCGGUUGGCGGCGACAGUCUUCUUUUUUUUCUUUUUUUAAUGCCUCGUCACAGUGGUUCGCGGUAUCCUGGUACACUACCACGCGCGUUGCAGGGCCAAGCCGCUCUUUAUCAUUUUGUUUGCGUGUGUGGCUUUCUUCGGCGCUCUUUAAUUAUUGACGGGCGCCAAGAUACGGCAUCACAUUUUUCACGUUGGGUUAAAUAUAGAAAUGUCUCCACGGAAGACGAGGUCCUCAAGCAAGCAGGCUUCAGCCGCUUCGACUCCAAAAGCAACUUCCAGAAAAAAGUUGACAAAGAAAUCAUCUGCUCAGAAUGGCCACAAGAAGUCGCCACAAGACAGCACUAAGACAAAGGCUAUGCCAGCUAAAGAAAAGUCAUCUAAAAAAGCAGUUGUGACAAGCACUCGCAAGCAACAGGAGUUUGUUGGAAAGAGCUCAAAGCCACUGAAGGAAGAUGUCACUGUGAACCAAGAGACACCUGACAGCACCAACAAGCCACCAAGUAAUGGAUUUGACAGUGAUGUUACUGUAAAGGUAGAACCUCAAGAGGCAAAGAGCGUAGACAAAGCUUCUAUCACAAGGGCUUCUCCCUCAAGAAAGCUGCCAACCCUUGCAAAGACAGUGCCUUGUCAACCUAUCACAGUGAAGCGUUCAUCUUCGCCUGUUGCAGCUGAUGGUGCCGCAGACUUGCCCAAGAAGAAAAAAAUGGAUGGCGCAAAAUCACCGGCUAAGCUGUCAAAGAAAGGAACUGCAAAGAACUCAAAGUUUGUUGGCGCCCACAUGUCUGUGAGUGGUGGACUAGAACUUGCAGUAAGCAGAGCUGCAGCAAUGGGAGCCAAGUCAUUCGGCCUUUUCUUAAGGUCACAGCGCCAGUGGGCUGCCAAACCACUCUCUCAGGAGACAGCUAACCUCUUCCGUGAUGCAUGUCGUGAGCACAACUUUGCACCCCACCAGAUUCUGCCGCAUGGAUCAUACCUGCUGAACUGUGGCUCCCCAGAUCCUGUUGUUCUAGAAAAGAGCCGGGCAACUUUGGUCGAUGAACUCAAGCGUUGCGAGAUGCUUGGUCUUGUUUACUACAACUUUCAUCCAGGUUCAACAUGCGGUGUGAUUAGCCGUGAUGCAUGCAUGGAUCUCAUUGCAGAGAGCAUCAACCAAGCGCACAAGGAGACGACAUAUGUCAUAUCAGUGAUUGAAAACAUGUGCAAACAAGGAAAUACACUUGGUGGUGACUUCCAUGAACUGCGUGGAAUCAUAGACAGAGUGAAGGACAAAUCAAGGAUUGGUGUCUGCCUGGACACGUGCCAUGCCUUUGCAGCAGGCUAUGACUUGGCAACACAAGAAGGAUUUGAGAAGAUGAUGAAUGACUUUGAAUCUAUUAUUGGAUUGUCGUACCUGAAAGCUCUUCACUUGAAUGACUCAAAAGGAAAAGUCGGCAGUCACUUGGACCGGCAUGAAAACAUUGGCCAUGGAAACAUUGGGUUGGAUGGAUUUCGACGAAUUAUGAAUGACCCUCGACUUGACCAUCUCCCUAUGAUUCUUGAAACUCCAGAGACUGACUAUGGUGUUGAAAUUGCACUCCUAAAUGGGCUUUGUUCCUCAUAAGUGCGGUAGCAAUCAUAUCUACCUCAAGCGGGCUUGCCAUUGCACAGAGCCGACGUCAUUAAAAUAGCAUCUUAUAAAAGAAGCUGAAAUGAUUUUAAGGUUGUGAACAUGCAUUAAUAGUAUUAAGUAUUGUGCAAGUAAAGCAUAGGCAACUUUAAAUAGUUUAACUACCAAGCAUAGGUUUUUUUAAAUAUGUGCGCAAUGCUGCAAUGCUAAUUUUUUUGCAGUGAUGCAUCUAACUUGUUUUGUAGUGAUGUGGGAAAGGGUCUGGAAUUUGUUUUUUACAAGUUUCAAUUGCCAGUGAAACAUUUGAUGAAUGAUGCAAGGCAGUAGAUUGUUUUCUCAAUGAGGGAUUACGUUAUGUUUCAGCAAAGGCGACUAUAUAAUCACAACCUCAAAAUCAUUUUAGCAUGCUUUUGAAUUACUGGCUAUGUAGUGACCUGAUUGUUCUUUUCUGAACUGCAAGAAAAAUUAAACAUGUUGCUUUGAAAACACAACCGGAAGCACACCUGAGCACAGCACCACACAACCAUUUCCACUUGUUGCCUAAAUCACAAAGAGCUUAUUAUUUUUCGAAGCUUAAAAACCAUUUUUUUUGGCAUUGUUCCUUUUUCAAUUUGCCUAGAUUUGAAUCUCCCAAACUAAAAAAAUGCCUUAAUGAUCAUUGUGAGGCAUACCUUAUGGGAACAGCUUUCUUACUUAUCCCGAUUAUACUAAUCGCAUGCUUUCAUGUCCUCAGUCACACAUUAUCAAAUGCCAUCGGUACAAUUUCAUACAUUUAGAUUUUAAUGCAACAAAAGAGUCUAGACUACACAAAACAAUAAUAAUAAUCACUGAUGUGGAUUAAACAUUAGUCAAUUUAAAUACAGCUUUUAAAAAUAAAGGAUGCAAAUGGGCUGCAAGGAGGUUGUGUCCCCUAAUCUAAACCUUAAUGUCAUUCUCAAAUGGACAUGCCGGUAGUCAUCCUUAAUUUUAUGUGCCCUCCAAGGUGCUCACAUAUUAAAAGGAAAAAAAAAAACUUUUUUUUUUUUUUUUUGAGUAGGGCACUACAUAUACUUUUCACUCAAUAGUUCCAACCAACCUGCUGAAAAAAUAAACGCUACGAAGUAGCUCUGCUGCAGAGAAACGUGCAGUUUCAAGACA